CCAAACAAACGCACUGUAGUCUUAAGACUGGUCAGUGGUGGCUGAAGAAAGAAUGAGUGUUUGAUUGUUUAUUAGUAUAAUAAAAGAAAACAAAUUACGCUCCCUUCUCUAUCCUAAUCCUAUAUUUUUCCACAUCUCCUAAAGAGAGAGAAAAGAGUGGUCAUGGUCAUCCACAGCCUCUAAAAAAUCUCUCUCUUUCACCAUUAAAACCAAAUUCAGAAAACCCAGAAGAAGCAAAUAAAGAGCUUUUACUGAGCCACCAAACACAGAAUUUCAUAAACUCCAAAAAAAGUUAAAUUCCAAACAAACCCCACAGCAAAAGAUUCAAUCUCUCUCAAUUACCCAUAUCUCAAAAUUCCCAUAAAAUCUUUCCUCCAAAAACAUAACAAAACAACCUCAAACUCUCUUCUUCUACUACAAACAAUGUUUUGAUUUUUAGUUUCUUCUCCCACACAAACAAAAAGAAAUGGGUUUUUAUUCACAAAAGCAGCUCUUGUCACUUUACAUCAUCAUCAUGGCUCUGUUCUCAGAUCUCAAGGAAGCAAAAUCGUCUUCACCAGAGUACACAAACCUAAUCUACAAAGGUUGUGCAAGACAGAGAUUACCAGAUCCAUCUGGUUUAUACUCACAAGCUCUCUCUGCAAUGUAUGGCUUAUUGGUUUCUCAAUCAACGAAAACAAGAUUCUACAAAACCACAACUGGAACAACAAGCCAAACAAGCGUCACUGGUCUUUUCCAGUGUAGGGGAGAUUUAAGUAACAACGAUUGUUACAACUGUGUUAGUCGUCUUCCUGUUCUCUCUGGUAAGCUCUGCGGCAAAACCAUUGCCGCUAGGGUUCAGCUCUCUGGCUGUUAUCUUCUCUAUGAAAUCUCUGGCUUUGCCCAAAUUUCAGGAAUGGAGUUGUUAUUCAAGACAUGUGGGAAGAACAACGUCGCCGGAACAGGAUUCGAGCAGAGAAGAGACACAGCGUUUGGGGUAAUGCAAAACGGCGUAGUUCAAGGUCACGGCUUCUACGCGACGACAUACGAAUCGGUUUACGUUUUAGGACAAUGCGAAGGCGAUGUAGGUGAUUCAGAUUGUAGCGGUUGCAUAAAAACCGCGUUACAGAGAGCUCAAGUAGAAUGUGGAAGCUCAAUCUCUGGUCAGAUAUAUCUUCAUAAGUGUUUUGUCGCUUAUAGUUUCUACCCAAAUGGUGUUCCCAAGAGGUCUUCUGCUUAUCCUAGCUCUGGCUCUUCGACUUCGUCUUCUUCUUCUUCUUCAGGAACAACAGGCAAAACGGUGGCAAUAAUAGUAGGAGGAACAGCUGGUGUUGGAUUUCUUGUCAUUUGCUUACUUUUCGUCAAAAACUUGAUGAAGAAGAAAUAUGACGAUUAUUGAAAAUAAAGACAACAAAAUGAGUCCAACCCCGAAAUAGAGGCAAACGUUAAUGUGAAUUCCGAGGUGCAUGCAGUUAAUUCCCGAUUUUUAUUUUUUUCAAAUUGUUAUUCUUAUUUAUAUUUUUGAGAGGUCGCAAUUGUGGUGGGAUGGAUGAAGAAGAGAUAUGGGACCAUUUUAAUAUGUUAGAAGAGGGACAAAGUACUUCAAUUUAUUUUUUCAAAAAUGUAAAUGAUUUUUCUCCUUUUGAAGUUCCUUAAGUACGUACUUGUCUUAUUAA